AUGCUCGGAUCGCGCAUACGUGAACACAAGCAGACCGUGCGACGAGGCGAUGAAUCAUCACGAGUUGCAGCUCACACCUACGAAACAGGCCAUGAGUUCAACUUCGCUGCCGUCAAGGUACUCGCCCACGCGGGAAACAAGACGAGCAGAGAAUUUAUUGGAGCCUGGUCCAGGGAUGAGAAUUCUGUCAACAGAUGUGUCGAAUUGGCGCCGGCAUACAGGGCCUUACGCUAUUGCAAACGAUCACAUCCAGAGGCUCGCCAUAGUUAA